AGCUGAAGCUGUGCAAUGGACAAGUUGUCAAUAAUGUGACUCUCGUUCGUGGCAGUCGUGGGCACAGUUUUCGGGGCACGACAAGAUGAUUUGCCUGCAGAUGAUCCCCCCUUGUUAAUCGGACCAAGUUAUAAAACCGGGCGAGACGUGGUCGUUGUGGUUGUUGUGGUUGUAGUAGCGUUAGCAUAGCUAGCAUUAGCUUAAGUUACAAGAUUGACAAGAUAGACGGCUAAAGUUCCUCCGGAGUGAGAUGGGCAACGCUGGGCUCACCAGGGGUAACUUAUGCAGCAGAUAAACCACACGAGUGCGACAUGGAAAUAAGAAUAAGCCCCGGUGAGCCAUAAAUACGCAGUCAUUAAUAAGGAAAGCUGUUUUUUUAGUGCUGAUAUCGAAGAACCGAAGCAGCCGUCUGUCGCUGUCAGAGCCGCUCGUCCUGGCUGCAGCGCCGGCCUAAGAAGCUAGCAGGAGGCUAGCUGGGAGCUAGCAGGGAGCUAGCUGCUGGCCGCACCACUGGCUCAUCAACCCUAGUUGCAUGCUGUUGAUGGCCUCCCUGCCAGCCAUGGACACUGUGACUGACUCAUGCCCCGCGGUGCACCAAAACGGGACCGCCCAUCGGGAAUCUCCAGACACAAGACCAGUCGCUGCUGUUCUGAGGCUUCAUCUCUAUCACAGCAGCCAGGGAGCGGCCGACUGCAGCUUUCUCAGCUACCCACCUGGGGAUUAUGUGGCAGAGGAGCUGUGUAUAGAUGCAGCCAAGGCGUGCAGUAUAUCACCUCUGUACUGCAGCCUUUUCGGUCUCUUCAGAGAGCGAGACCGCUUGUGGUUUUCACCCAAUCACAUCUUCCAGCUCGACGAGUCAGCCUCAGAUGAUGUGUUUUUCAGAAUAAGGUAUUAUUUUCCUGGCUGGUACAGCGGUGGAGCAUCCCGGGCUUAUCGAUACGGAGUCGCCAAAGGAUCAGAAAGUCCUGUCCUUGAUGACUUUGUAAUGUCAUACCUCUUCUUUCAGUGGAGGAAUGACUUUGUCAAUGGCUCAGUAAAGAUCCCCAACUCCCACGAAACGCAGGAAGAGUGCCUCGGUAUGGCCGUCCUCGAUAUGACAAGAACAGCCAAAGAGAGACAGAUGUCACCACUGGACAUAUACCACACUAUAAGCUACAAGUCCUUUUUGCCAAAGGACAUGAGAGCUCAGAUCCAGGAUUGCAACUUCUUGACACGUAAGCGUAUCCGCUUCCGUUUCAAGCGCUUCAUCCAGCAGUUCAGUCAGUGCCGCACCACAGCUCGCGACCUCAAGCUCAAGUACCUCAUUAGCAUGGAGUCACUGGAGAAGGCCUUCUACACAGAGACGUUCCAGGUCAAGGAACCAUCAAGCGGACAGCUCAUCAUCCUGGUGGCAGCAGACACCGGCAUCCAGUGGUGUCGUGAGAAAUUGAAGGAUUCUGAUCAGGAGCUGCAGACCUUGUGUGACUUUCCUGAUGUCACUGACAUCAGCAUCAAACAAGCCAGCAAGGAGGGUGCUGCAGAGACCCGGGUGGUCACCAUCAAUAAGCAAGAUGGGAAGAAUCUGGAACUGGAGUUUCCCAGACUGUCUGAAGCUCUCUCCUUCGUGUCCCUCAUUGACGGCUACUACCGACUUACUACAGACGCACAUCACUACCUUUGUAAAGAAGUGGCACCUCCCAGGCUUGUGGAGGCCAUUGCUUCCCAUUGCCAUGGGCCUGUCUCAAUGGAGUUUGGAACCAGUCGACUCCAUAAGUGUGGAAACAAGCGCGGGUUGUACAUUUUGAGAUGUAGCCCGAAGGACUUCAACAAGUAUUUUCUGACUUUCCCUGUUGAGGUGUAUGAUGCUGUAGAGUACAAACACUGUCAGAUAACACGGUCCGCCAACGGGGAGUUUAACCUCAGUGGAACCAAAAGAAACUUCAGCAGCCUGCAGGAACUACUCAGCUGCUACCAAAAGGAAACGGUGCGCUCUGACAGCGUCAUUUUCCAAUUCAGCAAGUGCUGUCCACCUAAAUCCAAAGAAAAGUCCUGCCUCCUGGUGUGCAGGAGCAACAAGGGCUCAGACGUGCCUAUAUCGCCUUCACUACAUCGACACAACAUCAGCCAAAUGGUGUUUCACAAGAUCAAGAAAGAAGAUCUGGAAUUUAUGGAGAGUCUAGGUCAAGGGACGUUUACCAAGAUCUUCAAAGGGGUCCGCAAAGAGCUGGGAGACUACGGACAUGUACACCAAACUGAAGUUGUCAUGAAAGUCCUGGACCAGGCCCACAGGAACUAUUCUGAGUCUUUCUUCGAAGCAGCCAGCAUGAUGAGCCAGUUGUCCAAUAAGCACCUGGUCCUUAACUAUGGCGUGUGUGUCUGCGGAGAAGAAAACAUCAUGGUGCAGGAGUAUGUGAAGUUUGGCUCUUUGGAUACGUACUUGAAGAAAAACAAGAACUCAGUAAACAUCCUGUGGAAGCUGGAGGUGGCGAAGCAGCUGGCCUGGGCCAUGAACUUUCUGGAGGAAAAGCAUCUUGUCCACGGGAAUGUUUGUGCUAAAAACAUCCUCCUGAUCAGAGAGGAGGACCGGAGAACCGGGAACCCUCCUUUCAUUAAGCUGAGUGACCCUGGCAUCAGCAUCACUGUCCUGCCAAAAGAUAUCUUAAUCGAGAGAAUCCCCUGGGUGCCCCCUGAGUGCAUCGAGGACUCUGUCAACCUGAGCCUGGCUGGAGACAAGUGGAGCUUUGGCACCACGUUAUGGGAGAUCUGCAGCGGUGGGGAAAGACCUUUAGCAACACUGGACAACUCAAAGAAAAGCCUGUUCUACGAGGACCACCACCAGCUUCCUGCACCAAAGUGGACCGAGCUGGCCAAUCUGAUUAUCAGCUGCAUGGACUACGAGCCCACAUUCAGGCCCACAUUUCGCGCUGUUAUCCGUGACCUCCACAGCCUCUUCACACCAGACUACGAGUUGAUUGUGGACAGUGACAUCCUACCAAACAGGACAGUGGGCUCCGGUUGGACGAGCGGCGGCUUUGAGAGCCAGGAGCCGGCUCAGUUUGAAGAGAGACACCUCAUAUUCUUACAGCAGCUGGGCAAGGGAAACUUUGGCAGUGUGGAGAUGUGUCGGUAUGACCCACUUCAGGACAACACGGGGGAGGUCGUGGCUGUGAAGAAACUCCAGCACAGCACCGCGGAGCACAUACGAGACUUUGAGCGAGAGAUCGAGAUCCUGAAAUCUCUCCAGCAUGAGAACAUCGUCAAGUACAAAGGCGUGUGCUACAGUGCAGGACGACGUAAUCUCCGUCUCAUCAUGGAAUAUCUGCCGUUCGGAAGUCUGCGAGAUUACCUCAUGAAAAACAAGGACAGGAUCGACCACAAGAAGCUGAUGCAUUACACUUCUCAGAUCUGCAAGGGUAUGGAGUACCUGUCAAGUAAACGGUAUAUCCACAGAGACCUGGCGACACGAAACAUCCUUGUGGAGAGUGAGCAGAGGGUGAAGAUCGGGGAUUUUGGCCUCACCAAAGUUCUGCCUCAGGACAAAGAGUACUACAUGGUCAAAGAGCCUGGAGAGAGCCCCAUAUUCUGGUAUGCCCCCGAGUCUCUGACUGAGAGCAAGUUCUCUGUGGCGUCAGAUGUCUGGAGCUUUGGAGUGGUGCUUUAUGAACUCCUCACCCACAGCGACAAGAACUGCAGCCCUCCUGCAGUUUUCAUGUCCAUGAUGGGGAACGAUAAGCAGGGACAGUUGAUCGUCUACCAUCUCAUUGAGCUCCUCAAAUCAGGCAGCAGGCUGCCUCAACCUGUGGGGUGUCCCACAGAGAUCCACGAGAUCAUGGAGGAGUGCUGGGACAGUGACCCCGGCUUGCGUCCUUCUUUCAAGGAGCUGGCCUUGCGCAUCGAUCUGUUCAGGGACAGUAAAGAGUAUUAAACAGAGAAUCACCUGAAGUGCCAUGCUCCUCUACAGCCGACACGCUCUUAACUUUGUUUCCCUGUUUGUGGCAAAGUGACAAAGGCCAAGAGUGCCGGGGUUAAGGCAAAGAAACUAGUGACUGGAAGAGUGGUUCGUUCAAAACUAAGACCAGCUCAAAAACGACUGCCAGGGUGCCUUUGGGCAAGGCACUCGACCUCUAAUCUCUACAGUGGAGUGACUUAGAGGCCGGAAGCAGAAAAUGGUGGCUUGGAUUCGUCUUACUGGUGAAAAAGAUAAAAUGUAUUCGGUCGAAAUUUUGGAAGCUUUCUACAGAAGAGUUUCAAAAUUUAUAGAGACUGUGAGUAUUCUAUUGCCAGGUCUAAAGCUAGAGACGCUUGUGUCAAACAAGGUCUGAGUGUGUGAGUGUGUGUGUGUGUGGGAGAGAGAGA